UAUCAAAGGUUCGUGAGCUUGAGGCUGAAGUUGAAGCAGAACAGAGACGUGGAGUUGAUGCUGUUAAGGGUGUCCGCAAAUAUGAGAGGAGAGUGAAAGAGCUGUCUUAUCAGACUGAGGAGGAUAAGAAGAACAUCAACAGACUUCAGGAUCUGGUUGAUAAGCUGCAGUUGAAGGUCAAAACCUACAAGAGGCAGGCUGAGGAGGCGGAGGAGCAUGGCAACACUCAUCUGUCCAAGUUGAGGAAGGCGCAGCAUGAGCUGGAGGAGGCUGAGGAGCGUGCUGACAUUGCUGAGUCUCAAGUCAACAAGCUCAGAGCCAAGAGCCGUGAUGCUGGAAAGGCCAAAGAAGAGUGAAACCCCCAAACCUGAUGGGAGCCUCUACUGAAGUCAUAUAAUAUGAUUGUUCUGUAGAUUUACAUGUAAUAUUCCUUUUGAAAUAAAU